AUGUUUAAAGGAAAUGGAAAAAAGGCCCCACAAAAUAUUUUAGACGAUGAUAGUAAAAUAACUGCAGUAUCUGAAAAAACGGAGUCUACUAGUUAUACAAAUAAAAAGAAAAAGAAGAAUAAACACAAGAAAAAGAAAAAUAGCGGGAGUAAGAAGGACUCUGAUGACAAGAGCAUUAUAAGUGUAACGGAAAGCACAAGAGAAGAACCAGGGGUCGAAAAUUCAAUGUUAGACCAAUCCACUAAUUUAAAAGAUGAAGCAUUAAGUGUAAAUUAUAAUACGGAUAUGUCCUGUUCGAUUCAAAAUAAUAAGCAUACAUUCGUUCGUCUUUUACCUGUGUUUUUUAUAUUUUUACUACUCCUAGGAAUAUACCUUAUAUACAUAAUGUAUCACUGUUUGCCAUUAAUAUCUAGGAAUCACAACAAGGUGUACAUAGACUAUAACAAGAAAAGGGGCAUAAUUGAGAUAUCAGUUUUUCAUAUAUUUCUAAUAAUGUAUUUAGUGAACUACAUUAUGUCAAUAGUAGUAUCACCUGGUUCUAUACCGAAUACAGAAGAAUGGGCAUUUAAAGAUUUUCAAAAUAAUUAUUUAGAAAAUAUGGAAGGUUAUUUAUUAGAAAAGAAAAGAACUGGGGAAAGAAGAUAUUGUAAAUGGUGCUGUAAAUAUAAACCUGAUAGGACUCAUCAUUGUCGUGUUUGUAGAAAAUGUAUUUUAAAAAUGGAUCAUCACUGCCCUUGGAUAUAUAAUUGUGUUGGAUAUAGAAAUCAUAAAUAUUUUAUGCUUUCUUUAAUUUACUGUUGUUUUACAACGGUAUUUGUUUCAGUAACUCUCUUCAAUUCUGUUAGAAGUGCCAUUAACCAUAGAGAAACGGCAUUUAAUGAGAUGUUCUUGCUUUUAUUUGGAGAAACUUUAAACUCGUUCCUAGCCCUUGUUAUUACAUGUUUCUUAUUUUUUCAUUUAUGGCUAAUGCUCAGGGCCAUGACGACCAUCGAGUUUUGUGAGAAGCAGACGAGCUACCAAAACCAGACUUACUCAAAAUAUUAUAACAAAGGUUUAUACUCAAAUAUGAAAGAGGUUUUUGGAGAAUCUCCCUUUUUGUGGUUUUUGCCUAUAGACAAUAGAAGAGGAGAUGGAAUAAAUUUUAUAAAAGCUUACAAUAAAGAUUAUAGUGAGAAGGGUUCGGAGGAAACCAUACCGAUAAAAGCAAACAUGAAGUAA